UAGAUAGAUAGCAUCAUUUUAAGAUUUAGGUGUGUCCUGUUCUGUUAGAGUUUUCAUUCAUACAACAGCAGGAGAGGCGAGAGGGAGCAGCACUUUCCUUUUCUCUCCAUCACACACACACACACUCCUCUGACACACAUGCACGUGCAUUUGCAAACAGGAACACACAUUUUCGCUGCGUAGAGCUCCGGACUCCCCUCCCCUGAGACUCCUUCUGUUAGGAGAGGAGAGGAAGGGACAGAUUUUGUAGCUAUAGACGUGGGGACACACACACAUACACACACACACACACACACACACACAGAGAAAAGCACAUGUGUUUCAUAGUGGACUGGAAACUGAGGGAUGCAACAUGAAGUCUCAGCAGAAGUGCAUCGUGAUCUUUGCCUUGGUCUGCUGCUUCGCCGUGCUGGUGGCGUUGAUUUUCUCAGCCGUGGACAUUUGGGGCGAAGACGAAGACGGGAUCACGGAGGAGAACUGUAGCAGGAACUGCAGAGUCGUGCUAGUUGAGAACAUCCCAGAAGACAUCUCCUUCCCUGACAAUGGUACAGCCCACGUCCCCCUCUCGGUGGGCCUGUACAGUUUAUUGGACCGUGCCAUCAGGGUCGUGGAGAUCGUCUCGCCGCUGUGGCUCCUCAAUUCCUCCGAUUAUGAAUCCAGCUUCCAGCCGGCGGCCAGACAGGGCCGGGCUCUGCUGUCCAGGCUUCAGGGGCUCAAAGCAAAAGGAGUCCAGCUUAAGAUCUCCAGCGGGAUGAUCGACUCGGCCGAGCUCAAGACGCUCGCCAGACACAAUGCUGAGGUCCACUACGUGAACAUGACAGCGCUGACCAAAGGUCACCUCCUCUCCUCGUUCUGGGUGGUCGACAGGAGACACUUCUACAUCGGGAGUGCAAGCAUGGACUGGAGAUCCCUAGCCACUAGGAAAGAGCUUGGAGUGCUGGUGUACGACUGCAGCUGUCUGGCUCUGGACCUCCACAGAGUGUUCAGUCUCUACUGGGGACUCCAAUACAGAGACUUCAUCCCGUCCUUCUGGUCCAAGCGUCUCUUUGCCCUCUACAACAAGAACGCUCCACUGGACUUCACUCUCAACAGCACCAAGGCUCAGGCCUUCAUCUCUAGCUCUCCAGAUGUUUUCAUCCCUAAAGAUCGUAGCAACGACCUGGAAGCCAUUUCCUGGAUCAUCCAAGACGCUCGCCAUUUCAUAUACAUCUCCAUCAUUGACUACCUGCCCCUGGUCAGCAGCAACGCCCACAAGUACUGGUCUCGUAUCGAUGGCCUAAUUCGGGAGGCUCUGAUCCUGAGGAAGGUGAGGGUGCGUCUGCUGAUAAGUUGCUGGGAAAAGACUCAACCACUUACUUUCAACUUUAUCUGGUCCCUGAGGAGUCUGUGCAUGGAGCAGGACAACUGCUCCCUGGAAGCUAAGUACUUCAACCCCAGAGUGCAGAGGGAUGGCAGCCUCCAGGGAAUAAACCAUAACAGGUUUAUGGUGACAGACAGAGCCAUUUAUUUAGGUAACCUUGACUGGGUGGGGCAUGAGUUCACCUUCAAUGCAGGAGCCGGCCUGGUGAUCAGCCAGCCGGAGGGCGUCGAGGACAGGAACUCCACGGUGGUGGAGCAGCUGCGGGCGGCGUUCGACAGGGACUGGUUUUCACGUCACACCCGCUCCCUGCAGGCCAACAAGAUCCCCGUUUGCAUCAAGCACCAGAUCAACAGGCUGGUGCCAGUGAAAGACGGCCACAUGGACAACGGGCCGAUGCCAAUCAGAACAGGCCAACACGAAACCGCACCUGCACCAAUGAGAAACAGUCACAAAGACGAUGGGCACACGCUGGUGAAAACGAGGCAACGCGAUGACAAAAUGAAUCACCAAGGCUUUGCAGAUGGACUCGUGCCAAUCAUAGACAUUUAUCACGAGACAGUACAGGUUAAAAUCAGUAACCUUGACAACAGUCAGCUACAAAACAAAGUUGGUUACCAAGACAAUGCAAUGGCUCCGCCCAGUCAGUCAGCGGAGAGCAGCGGCAGCAGAGAGACGACCAACAGAUCCCUGUGACCACAGAGAUGGAUUCCUCUUCACUGAAUGUCUAGAGGACGGCUCUUUCCCAGUGACAGUGGACUUACAUCACUGGGUCUUUGUAGCAUUUUAUUAUUGCCAUUUUGUAGGACACUGAAAAAAGAAGAUUGAAUUAAUAUCUGGUUUGCGGGACUUGAUUUACGUGGAAGAACUCGGGCACUUUUGAAUCUUAAAGAAUGAAACCAAAACUUUGGUGAGGAAGAAACGAUGAUGAAGACACUGUAAUGACCGUGCUACUUAUUUGAAGUUUUUUUCUUCAUGAGCAAAGGAGAAUUGUGAUAAUACUUAUUGUAUGUGACUUAACCUGUUCAUGGCCGUCACCAUUGAUCACCCUUUAAAAGGGGGAAAGGUAACUGCAUUUCUGUGCAGAGGUGGGAGGCAUUUGAGGACAUGUAGCUACAAGAGCUGAAGGUAGCAUUCAAGAUACAACUUUGCGGGAGAUUUACCACACAGCUUUUCAUGCUGUGGAUCUCAGAUAUAGACUAUAUAGACUGAGAGUAGAUACUUUGGCCUGGAGUAAAUCAUUGACAACCUCAAGAACCACCGCUAAUCAGUUUAUUAAUUUGUGUCACUGGACACAAGAAGACAAACUGAAUUCUCUGUUAAACAUGAUGAACUAUUAGGUAUAAAAAACUUAUUAAAAAGUUAUAUUUAUUAACAUGAUUUUUAAGCAUCUCCACAGUUUCGCCAAUAUCAGUUUUUUACAAUUACUACUGAAAUGAACAUUGCCAUUAGUGUUGCAGCUAAUUUUUUGUGCUAAGCUCUAAAGGUAUUGAUCAAGUCACGUUCCCCAUGUGUAGAAUUUAGAGGCACACAGCAGAGGAAAAUGCAGAUUACGACCAAAUGAUUUCUUCUUGCCUCAUUAUCCCCUGGCGAGCUUGCUGAAAAACCAAUGGUUGCCUUCAGGAAUAGGAACAAACAUGGCGGUGAACAAUGGACCAUUUAAUAUAAAAGUUCGUUCUAGGCUGAUUGAAACAAGAAUCUUUGUUGCAGGCAGUUUCACACAUUAAAAAACUUAAGUUCACUCCCUAAAUUACAACGUGACAUCAAAACUAACCGGAUCCACAGACACACUGGAGCUUUAGUACCACAAACACUAAACCCUGUACAGACCCAGAGGAUCAUAUAUCUCUCCCCUGCAGGGUGGUGGAUAUUAAACUCUUUUAUUUUCUUGAGGUCAUAAUUGAAUUAGAUGAUGCACCUAUUCUGCUGUGUUAACAACACACGUCUUAUGGCCAUUGGAAGAUUACAGCCUUCAUUACAAUAUUUUUUCUAGGAGGAAGAGGAGUUAUUGAUCUGAAAAAGGUCCUUAGAGAAAAUCAUUAUUGUUCCAUGUACAAAUCCGAGGAAAAGUUGAGAAAUUGAAUGCAUAUCUAUCGUUUCCUUUCCAAUGAAAUGUUGUGACUUGUUGAACAAAUACUAAAGGAGUUGUUUGAAGAAGGGGCCAGAGGGUCUCUGCUCUCAUCCAAAUCAAUACGAUGAAUUUUUAAAAGAGCUUGACAGUUUAACCUCAAGGACACAGUGGCCUGUAAUGUCAUCCCUGUGGCUGAAUAUAUAUUACCUUUAAGUCAGAGCUAAAUAUACAGUAUCGUUAGUAAAGAGCAGGUCAUUUAAGCUUGUGGCAACUUUCAUUUGCAUUUUUGGAAUGGCUGCAUGUCAGUUUAAGACCUUUACACACUCAAAUAUACUUUGUGGGUUUAUAAGGUUGAAGCAUUGUUUAAUUUCCAAAGCCAUUAAUCAAGGAAACAUUAACAGAGAGGGCUGCAUGGUGAGUUUAAUCAACACCGGGCACGGGUGUUAUCACUAAUUAACUGGGUGAAUUAAAUAAUUUUAUUCUGCUGGCAAACUGAAGAUAUCCCAAUCAGAAUGUAAAGCAGGCUUCGUGGUAAUCUGACAGUCAUUGUUGUCGAAUAAUACUGAGCGGAAACAAUGGAUUUGUUAAUUAACAUUGAAUUAAUUUGGAACUACUCUGAUGAUUUUAGUCUAAAAUGCAAAAAGAUAUCACAGGUUACAGCCUUUCUAAUAUUAUUAUUGUUUUCUGAUAUUUUACAUACCGAUUAAUUAAUAGAUAAAUCAAAAAAUGUAUAUACACCUAAAUUAUAAUGGAUACAAUGAUCUGUUGCAGACCUUACAUUAUACACCUGAUUUUUUGUUUUUAGUGUUUCCAAAAAAAUGUUUGCACCCUAUGUACCAGCCACUACAGUACACACCUGUCAAAUGUAAGCCUCUAUAAAGACUCAGUCCAGAAGUAUUAUCUUCCCUAUACAUAUAUGUACAGACAAGCAGCUGAAUCACAGUCACAGUAAAAAAAACACAGCUAGAAUCUGGUCGCGAUGGACAAGUUCUGCCAUCUAGAGGACGUCAAGAGAAAUCAACUUUUCUCAAAUAAUAUGACAAGUUUUUCAAAAUAAGCCUUGAUUAAGUUCAAGUGUUGGUUUGCAACUACUGUUUGUGUCAGUUUAUAUAAAAGGCAGAAGCGUGGGAAUGUUAUACUAUAUUGAGAGUUCCUAUUUUGUUGAUUUCAAGAGAUAAGAUGUGAAGAUAAUAUACAAAACACGAAAGUAUAAUCAUAUAACAUAGUAACAACUAUUAAAUGUUCAAUUAUAACAUGCAAACAAAUUUAAUUUCACUUUAUUUGCUGCUUUAGUAAUUUCUUGAGACACAACCAUGAAUCCAUCCAGAAAGUGAUCCACACUAAAGCUGAUGUACAGCAAAUACAACCACAAGUCAUUUGUAAAAGUCCAUUCAUGAGUCAAACGUGAAGAUCGUUAUCUCAAUGACAACAUCCACAUACUUUCUUGUGAAGCACCACGUCUCCACGCUGUACUGCUUGUGAACUGACAGCUUGUCUGUAGUUUGAUUCUCUACUUAAUGCUGCUAUUAUAUAUUAUAAUCAUGUGGAGGCAUGAAUGCUGCUAAUACGCCUGUACCCAGGUCUUGUUUAUUUCUUUAAAAACUACGUUGAUCUUUAUAAACAGUGACUGUUUUAUAGUUUGCAUGGACCAGGACUUAACCUUUAAUGACUUGUUUCCAAUGUAGAGCUACUGUCGCUCUGGAAACAGAGAACAGAGAUGUCAAGGUUUGAAAUCAGCAAUGGUUUAGAAUUUGAUUCAAGAAAACUGAGGUGGAUGUUUUUGUGUGACCUGCUGGCACUGAUGUCUGUAUUUCCCUCCAGUGAGACGGCAGAUAUGUCUAAGUCGACGGGAUGGAGACAGCUGCAUAUUUAAACUGGACGAUGCUCACUGUUAAUGCUUUUAAUGUCACCUACCUUUAUUCUGUUGAAUCUUCUUCGGCAUGACUGUUGCUUGCAUGCCCUGCCUUUAUGAACAGUGCACAGUAGCUAUGAGCCUUUCUAGAGAUGAUGAUAUUAUGGAAUCUUAUAUACCUUUAAAAAUACAGACGGAAUGUAUAUUUAUUGAACAUCCUUGUUAAUGCACACUACUGAAUUAUCUGAUCCCUACAUUUUUACUCUUAAUAAAAAAUAAGGAAUCUUGGCUUUUA